UGCCCUAACGCUGUCCCCUCCCCACCCACCCUCCGGCGGCGGCCACCGAUCUCCUCCCCGGACUUGUCCCCUAAACCAGCUCCGCUCCAGAUGCUACCUUCCAGAUGAAGAAGGAAGAUGAAAUUCAUUCAGCAGUCGGAUUCGAAGAAGGAAGGGACAGGUGCCAAUUUCGUUCUGUCUUGGGAUUCCAAGAGGAAAAAGGAGCUGUUUUUGUAUGUCUGCGUCGCGUGAGAUAAUAGUUAAUCCGUCGGCUUACGGAUUCUACACCGGCUUGAAGAGGAUUCGAAAACCUCCUCCGUCUCCGUCUCUUCUUUUGGGAUUGGGAUCCGAGGAGGCUAUAUAAUAAGAUCAGGCUGGGCGCCGGCGAUUGUCGCACACGGAGGGGUCAUCCGUUCAAGAUUCGUUUUUGUUUGUGUUCUGUUUAUCCUCGCAAGUUGGUCUCUUUUGUCAUCGCAUCAACAUGAAGUUUAAUAGGGGUCGCCGCCACCGACGGAACUCGAAGGCAGAAGUUGGUACUGGAGGCAUGCUAAGCAAGCUGCCUGCCCAUAUACAAGCUUGUAAUGGGGGCAAGCUAAGUGAGCUGCCCGCCGAUGUGCUGCUCAACAUUCUCGAGAGGGUGGGCACACUUGAUGCUGUAAGAACCUGCAUCCUUUCGAAGCAGAUGCAGAAGCUGCCAGCUAUGCUCUCGCAGAUCGUCAUUGAUCUCAGCCCUCGUGAUUUGUUUCAAAAAAGUGAUGUCGUGGCUGAUGUGACCAACAAGAUUCUUAGUAGGAGGCCUCCACACAUCACCAUUCGCAAGCUGAAGCUCAAAUUUGUCUUGAGUCCUUCUCGCUGUCUUUCCAUCGGCAAAUCCGUUGGCCUCGCCAUGACAACUCAGAAAUUUGAUUCAGCUGAGUUUGAGAUCAUGACGCCGGUGGAUUUCCAUCUUUGCACUGAUGCCUAUCGCCUGCUCUUUGCUAAGCAGUUCAAUAAUUUUGUUCAUGAUUGUCCAGAUGCAUUUGCUGGUCUCACGCGGCUGCAUCUACGAAAUAUGAGGUUUGGUGAAUCAGACAUACCCAACAUCCUAAGCAAUUGCAAGCGGCUGGAGUCACUGUCUUUCUUCAUGUGUGGCGUGGGGAUCGGUUCGGUUCUGCAUGUGGAACACACUCAACUCGUCGAGCUUUUUAUGUCCUAUUGUGUAUUCAAAACAGUGGAGCUCAGCUCUCUACCAAAGCUCCAAAGGAUGACCUUUGGUGAUUGGCCCUGUGAUGAAAAUCCGUUGGUUCUUGGUUUUGUCCCUCAGCUUUCCAAGCUCAGUCUUGCUAAUCCAAACUUUUCAGGCAAGACCCACAACUUAAGCAAGCUGCUUGCUAAUGCCCCUACUGUAAACGAUUUAUUUCUGGAGUUUCGAAGUGAAAAGAUAUGGGUUCAACCAGAAUGCCCGAGAGUGCUUGCUCCUGUUCUCGCCAGAUUACGGUUUGUGAAUCUGGAUCACCUUCCUGAAGAAUGUGAUAUAUCUUGGACAAUGUUCCUUCUUGAAGCUGCACCGUCGGUAGAGGACCUUUGCAUCACAGUAUGGGAUCAUAAGUGCCGAAAGAAGUCACAUGAGAGUUACUCCAAGAAAACAGAAGUGAAGUGGGAGGCAUCUGAUCCUGAUUUUAAGCACAAGAAUCUGGCGAGGCUAACUAUUUACGGCUUCCAGUCCGAUGGCAAUUUCACAAGAUAUGUCAGGCGUGUUAUUCAAGCUGCGGUGAAUAUCAGGAAGGUAUCUCUGCACGACAGGAAGGCAUGCAAGCUCUGUGCUGAAAAGUUUCCUCAUGCUGAGGUUCGUCCUUCGGGUUAUCCACGGACCAGCGAGGAGAUGGAUUCGUUGAGGAAGAAGAUGGCAGCGGCGUCGGCGGUGGCUUGUCCUGAUAUUCACUUUUGCUCAUAAACAGUUGAUUUGAACAUGAAUGUGGUUGGAAGGAGCAAUGUUGGUUUUCUGCAGUAAUGUGCUCCCUCUUGUCCAUAAAAGUAGACGUUUUAGACCAACCAUACAAGUCUCUGAAACGUCUUAUAUUUAUGAACAGAGGGAGUAUCUCGUCUAUCAAUUUGUUGGAAGAACUCAUUUAAAUUCCCGACAAGUGAACGGAUAAAAUAAGCACAUCUAUGUUGAGGCCGCGCGUGCUUAUGUUGAAUAUACAGUCAAUAUUCUGUUAAUUUUUUUCUAUCUUUUA